AUAACAUUGUGAAUAUUAACGUUUACCAACUCAUUCUAACGUCGUUUACAUUCUAUUACGUUGGCUAGUCCACAGCUGACGUUAGCUAGUUGGAUUAAAGUUCAAAGCCAAUGUCAACAGCGCCAGUAAACUACGUCGUGGUUUUGAGCGACCUAACCUAGCUGUUGCUGAAGGCCCAGUGUGUGUGUGUGUGUGUGUGUCUGGUCGGGGUCGUAACCGUCAAUCAAGGCAGAGUAGCACCUGUUCUGGGUCAGUGUGCUGCUGCAAUAGUAUUCUCAGUGUUGCCCAACCAGUUCGUCUGAUUUCAUCGUAGACCGGGGUAAGAAUAGCCGAACCCCAGGGCCUCUCCGGGUCGCUCCACUCGCUGUUCUGCCGCAGCGUCGCUCUCGACAUGCCGGUGUUCGAGGAGGACCCUGCUCAGUUAUCCAAGUCCAGGUUGAAGUCAGAUUUGGUGGCCCACAAUGUCACACUGCCAACUGAAAAAAGCAAGAAGGAUGUGUAUGUGGGUUUAUAUUUGAAGCAUAUUGAUGCAAAAAAUGCUGCUGAUUUCUCAAGUGACGAAGAGGACCAAGUUGUUAAUCAGGGACAUGUUGUUGCGUGCCACCAGGAGGACACGCCAGAGGAGAAGCCAUCAGCGGUGGAUAUGCUGGACGUCAAUGGGCUGACCGAUGACGAGCUCAAGGCCUCACUUCUCAAGCAUGGGCUCAACGCUGGACCCAUUGUUGCAUCCACCAGGGCUUUGUAUGAGCGGCGACUCUUGAAGAUCCUUCAGAGCAACAUGCCAUCGGAGCCCACAGUGAACGGAGCGGGGGACACCAACGCAUACUCUGACAGUGAGGAGGAGGGGGACGAAGAGGGGCAGGACGAGGAUUCAGAUUCAAAUGACUCAAGACAAGAAGACAUUUUAACUUUGGAACUGUCUCCUGAGAACGACAAACAGCGUGUCAUGGCCCCUGAAAGCUUGGAACCUCAUUCCGGAAGGAUUGUGGAGAUUGCAGUAGAGUCACUGUUAGAGGCGAGUUGGGCCCUCAGCUCCCACCUUCCCUCUGUGCUUGAUGAAACCUACUCUGUAGAUGAGCACACAGGAUUAAUCCCAGCGGUUCCGUCAGCAUCCAUGUCAGUGAAGAGCAACACCUCGUCAAGUUCCCAUACCUUCAGCAUCACUCAGAUGGUUAAGGAGAAGGAGGAGAGAGGCUUCUCGCCGGUGCCGCAAGCCGACGGGAGGAGGUGGAGUGAGAGCAAAGGGCAGGGGGAUUGGUCCCAGGUCGCUACGCCGGAGCAGCCAAAGUGGGAACUGUGCACCCCGAAGAAUGAAUCGGCCUACUACACCCCUAAUGCCUCUUACAAGCAGACGGUCAAGGAGGGAUUGACUGUUGUUCCAACCAGGUUGUAUCCACCGGCGGUACCGAUACCCACUGGUAUUACCGCUACCUGUCGGAGGCCCAUCAAGGGGGCCGCUGGGAGACCCGUCCUGUACAAGUACCCAGAAGCCCCGCCCACCAGUGCCACGACGCUCGAGCGCCGGGAGGUGGACGCUCGCCUAGUUCCGGUCUACGCCCAGGUCCUUGUCUUCCUUGCCAUUGCCUGUCUGCUCUAUCUGGUGUACGCCUGCAUGGAGGAGAACCCGUACCACCCGCUGUUGCCUCUCUUGGACGGUCUGAGCGAGGCCCUAGAGAGCCAGGAGGAGGGCCCUGUGGGUCUGGCCCACCCUGGGGACCCGGCCGACACCCCCGUGGACCUGUGAUUGUUAAUCGGCCCAUGCUGCCUUUUUUAAAAUGUGUCUUGAAUUCUUGCUUUUCAUUAAAGGAUGUUUUUGCAUAAA